CACACUGUGUGAACAUGGUUGGUCGUCGGUUAGCCUGCUAGCCGUAUUAUUUUUUGGGGGGCUGUUUAUUAUCAUGGUAACAUGUUCGAUAAUAUGUAAUAACGUGUCCGUUGAUGAAGGAGGACGCGGAGGGGAUGUGGCUAAAUAAUGGGAAACGUUUUCGGGAGAAAGAGUCGACCUACGCGUGUAACGGAACAAGACAAAGCCAUUUUGCAAUUGAAGCAGCAGAGAGAUAAACUGAAGCAGUACCAGAAGAGAAUCACCCUCCAGCUGGAGAAAGAGCGACUUCUGGCAAAGCAGUUGCUAAAUGAUGGAAAGAAAGAAAAGGCGCUGCUGCUUCUUAAGAAAAAGCGAUAUCAAGAUCAGCUUCUAGACAAGACUGAAACUCAGAUAUCAAACCUAGAGAGGAUGGUUCAAGAUAUUGAGUUCAUACAAAUUGAGACGCGAGUCAUCGAGGGACUUCAGGUUGGCAAUGCUUGUCUGAAGAGUAUGCACGAGAUCAUGUCGAUCGAAGAUGUGGAGAGAAUCCUGGAUGAGACCCAGGAAUCGAUUGAAUAUCAAAGGCAAAUAGAUGAAAUGCUGGCUGGAGCCCUGACGCAGGAGGACGAUGAGGCUGUUUUAGCAGAGCUGGAAGCUAUCACUCAGGGAGAAGAUGUAGCACUUCCAGAAGUCCCCACUGAGCCCAUACCAGAUGUCCCAGAGGCAGCUAAAGCUGAACCAGAGCGGAGAGAUGCAAAGGACACGCCAGACAGAGAAAUGUUAACGGCCUAGAACAGAGUCAAUUUGUGAUUUAAGAGUAGGCUGUCUUUGUCCCGAAGGGCACUUUUGUGUAUUUCACUAGGCGGGACCUGCACACAUCAGUGCUCCCCUGAAGUAUCUACACAAAGGACUUGUAUACGCAACGCAAUGUCACAUUGUAACCUUUAUGGUUAUGGUGUAACAGAAUGAACGGACACAUUUUUAGAUGUUUUACACAUUCAUUUUAGUUGUUUUCCACAUUAAAUUGAGCUGUGACCACAA